AACCAUGUUUCUUUUGCUAAACCUAACCAGUUGUAAGAUGUCUUACAAACUGUUGCAUGAGGGUAUAUUUAAUAUUUCUAUAAUGGGUAUCUGAUACUGACGACUAAGCGGUAGUUAAAUUGUUACCCUCCAACAGCUGGUGCUCGCCGUCAGCUAAGAUUAAGGGAUAGAAGAAGUCUGCAAACGCAGUCAUGAUGCACUGACCGUUUAUUGCAUUGGUUGCAAAAAUUUGUUUUCAUUCGCCUCUGCAGCAGCUGCUCCUCCGAUUCUUCGAUCUGAUCUGAUCAGAUUAGGGCUGCAAUGAUUAGCUGACUAAUCGAUGACAAAUCAACUAUUAACACAAUCUGUGACUAUUUUAGUAGUUGACUAAUCGGUUUGAGUCAUUUUUCAUAGAAAAGUAUUAUAAAAGUACCCAAAAUACCCUUAUUGCAGCUUCUUACGUUCAGAUAUUGUCAGCUUUACACACUCUCCCUUGACGGUGUACUAAAACCCUUUGAGGUGAGCACGAAACAAGACAUUAGAUGAUGUAAUUUUGGGGUUUGGGAGAGACAGACUGACAUUUUUCAACAUUUUAACACAUUUUUCCAUAAAAUGAUUCGUCGACUAAUCAAAGAAAUAAUCGACAGAUUAGUCGACAAUGAAAAUAAUUGUUAGUUGCAGCCCUAGAUCAGAUCAACUGAUCAAUUAUCCACCUGUGACUCAAAUUCCACAAAUUGCUGCUUCGGGGGAAACAACUCAUGACGAGUUCUGCCUGGACUGCAUUCACGGACCUGCAAAUAAACCCAAAUUGACAGGGGGGACACCGAGUGAUAUAAAGGGUCACAAAAAAAGUCCCAGUAGUUUUGACGGAGUGUUUUUAACGUAUAACAAAACGCUGUAUGGACGCAGUUCUUUUUACAGGAAGUAGGUGAUGGACUGUCUCACAGUUGGAUGGUAGUUUUGUUGAGCUAAGUGUGUCCAGUGUUAGCGUUAGCUUGGCCGUCAGCGGCUAACACUAUCUCUGGAUGGUGAUGUGUGAGGUGAGCCCUCGUGUUCGCAGUAUUCUCAGAGUAUUUUAUUCUCAUAUGACACUGCUUGUAAAUCACGUGACUCCAAAAUAAGUCCACACGUUUGAUUUAAACACCGACUUCCUGCCAUAUGCCGCAGACUGAGACCUCUGCUGGCCUCACCAGGAAAAUCACCAUCUAGUGGACCGAAGAAGCAACUGAUUUUAUUAUUCUGGUACUGAAAGAUGUAUUAAAAUGUGUAUGUGCAAAAUUAGUGAUGUGUAUUAAAAGAUCGAUACUUGCCAUCCGUGUGUUGACACAAUAUCAUCAGGCAAAAUAUCACGAUAUUAUGCUGUAUUGAUUUUUCCCCACUCCUGUCUAGCUGCUGCUGAAUCUUAAGGGAAAGAAAUAAGACAUUAAAAGUCCACACAUGAAUACAUGUGUUCACAUAUUUCUGACCAUAGGUGACCCGGACAGGUGUGACAUCUGGGGCAACACGCCGCUUCACCUGGCAGCUGCCAACGGCCACCACAACUGCCUGUCCUUCCUGGUGGCUUUCGGUGCCAACGUGUGGUGUCUGGACAAUGACUACCACACACCGCUGGACAUGGCCGCCACCAAGGGACACAUGGACUGUGUCCGCUACCUGGACUCCAUCGCUGCCAAGCAGAUCACCCUCAACCCGAAGCUGGUCGGCAAACUCAAGGACCGGGCGUUUCGUGCGGCGGAGCGCCGGAUCAAAGACUGCGCAAAGCUCCAGAAAAAGCACCGUGAACAUAUGGAGAGGAAGUUCCUGAAGGAGGCGGCGGCUUUAGACAACCUGGAUGCUAUCAGCUUCUCCAGCUACACCAGCGGCAGCACGCUGAGCCGCAAGUUCAACACCGUCACCUCCAACAUGCCAUACUCACAGGCCACGCUGCAAUCCACAGCCAAGGGCAAGGCCAAGAUCCAGAAGAAGCUGGAGAAGAAGAAGCAGGGCGAUGGAACGUUUAAGAUCUACGAAGAUGGACGGAAAAGCGUGCGCUCUCUGUCCGGCCUGCAGCUCGGCAACGAUGUCAUGUUCCUCAAACAGGGCACAUAUGCUAAUCCUAGGGAGCGGUCACGCCUCAACAUCCGCGACAUGUUCCCCCGUGACAAUGAUGAUGACGCUGACACUGUCUCCCGUGCCAUGAGCGACCCAGGCCUCCACGAGGCUGCGUAUUCAGAGAUCAGCGCCGACUCCGGACGUGACUCCCUGUUCACCCGACCCGGGCUCGGCACCAUGGUGUUCAGGAGGAACUAUAUGAGUGGAGGCAUGUUUGGGAUCGGGGCGCGGGAUGAAGGGAGUGUGGCAGGGAGUGAACCUGUGGGCCGGGCGCCUAAUGUUCGUCUACGAGGACAUCUGCCUCGACGCUCGCCCAGCUUUGAUGAGGACAGUAUUGGCAGCGCCUUGAGCCUGCAGGAGAGAAACCUUCAGGAGCUGCCGUGGGAGGAGGCUGAUAUUGGACUGGAUGAGGACUUGGAGCCAGAGAACAGUCCUCUGGAAACCUUCCUGGCGUCUCAAAGCCUCAGUGAGUUCAUGACGAUUUUCAGGCGGGAGAAGAUCGACCUGGAGGCUCUGCUGCUUUGUUCGGAUCAGGACCUCACCAGCAUUCACAUCCCUCUGGGCCCCAGGAAGAAACUUCUGGAUGCCUGUAAGAGACGUCUGGACACCAUAGAUGAGCCAGAGGCCAUUGAUGACACUGAGCUCUGAAGGAUAAACACACAGUGAAGAUAUUAUGAUGCUCCAUGUCCUGUUAUUAAGCCCUGAUCCAGUCAGUGGAGGCGACAUGGAGACUGAAAGUGAGAGAAGAAGUGAUAAACGUUUAAUGGGAAAGCUUUGCCACAUUUACAGACACAUGGACACACAGUCUGCACUGUGUUUGUAUGGAUUCUCCUCCAGUGAAAUCCAACCUGACAUGUUAUCUUUGCAUACUGUAUUAAUUCAUGUAUCAAUGAAUGAUUUAUGUAUCAGUGAAUGUACUUAACCCUUCGAACAUGUUGUUUAUUACGUCUUCUUUGUACAGUUUUCUUACUUUAUUUGACUCCACGGCACAUACACAAAGGUGACUUACUAUUAAUGGAGUUAUUUAUGGAUGAAAAUAGCCCCAGACUGACCGUUGCUCUGCAAACACUGUUGCAAUAGUAAAACAGUGGGGUGUGAGGUUAUGUGAGUGUGUGUUAGAUAACACUGUUGUCUCAGGUUGCUCCGAGGCGGGUUUGGUUUCUCUGAAGGUCUGUCCGUCUGUGCACUUGAGAGGAUGACUGUGCAUGAAUGUUCAUUUUAUGUUGGUGAAAAUCUGUUUUGUAUCGGAAUAUGUACCCACAACCACGAUUAUUAUCUUUUGUUAAAAUAAAAUCAAAAUUAUUAUUG